AUGUUUAAAUCUAAUUUAUUUAUAUCUACAAUUUUAUUUUUAUCCCUAUUUAUUAAUGUUGGUUAUUCAGCAACAAAUUGUAGAGCAUUAACAUUUUCAGGUGCUGGUGCAUUUGGAGCCUAUGAAGUAAAAUAUGGAAGUAAUUUACAAUGGGAUUUGGUUACCGGUAUUAGUGCUGGUGCUAUCAAUGCUGCUGCAGUUGCAAUGUUUAAUGUUGAUGACACAAAGGGUGCUGCCGACUUUUUGGUUGAUCGUUGGUUAAAGAUCACUCCAGAACAAGUCUAUGUCAAUUGGAAAGGUGGUGUCGUCGACGGUGCCCUCUUCCAACGUGGAAUCUACAAUACAGAACCAUUGACUACAUUCCUCACAGAAUCGAUCAAUAUCACCGCUUUGAAGCAGUCAGAUCGUGGUUUCAUGAUUGGUGCAACCAAUCUCGAUACUGGAAUGUUUGAUCAAUUCUACAAAACCGACAGUGAUAUCGUCAAAGCAGUGGCUGCCUCCGCAUCAAUUCCAGGUCUGUUCCCACCAACCGAAAAGAAUGGCUAUGACUACGCCGAUGGUGGAGUAACUUACCUAACUCCAAUUACAGAUGCUGCAAGAUUAUGUUAUGAAACAGGUGCAAUCAAUGUAACUAUUGAUAUGGCAACAUGUGGACAACCAUACAAGUUCCAGAAUGUUAGCAAUGAAAAGACCGUUCAAUUGUUGCUUCGUUCAUAUCAAAUUAUCAAGGAUAACUUUAAUAACAAAGACAUUGAAACACUAUUCCAAGCUUUCCCAAAUGCAAUCUUGAAUAUCUUUAGACCAAGUAAAUCUUUACCAGGUACUGCUCUAAGCUUCACCUAUAGUGCAGAGAUGAUCCCAAUUGGUAUUAAAGAUGGUGAGAAUGAAAAUAUGAUACAAUUAACAAAUAAUAGUUUAACUUUACUUUUUACUAUAGUUAAUAUUGUUUUGUUUGUUUAUAUAGAUGUAACAUCAGCUUCACAAGUCCGAAUAUCGAGUAACAACAAUAAUAAUAAUCAUAUCUAUAUCAAUGAUCAACAUCAUGAUGAAUACUAUAAUGAUAUGAUGUAUGACGAUGCAGUUGAAAUCAAUAAACAACCACCAUCUAUAUUUCAGAUCUUCUACAAUGGUCUCACUGAAUACUUUAUUGGUAGUAAUAUGAACACUAACGAGUACAUAAAUCAUGACAGCGAUAGUAAAGAUAAUAAUCAUAGAAUAGAGAUUACAACAUCUCCUAAACAAAGACAACAUAAGCAGCAACAACAACCAAUGUCAUCGACACUCUCUGUUGAACAAGUACUAAAAGAUUUCAAUCAUUUCGCACAGAAAUUAAUGCAACACUACUUUGGCAAUAAUGAUAAAGCUGAACAGCAAAGGGAACCUUCUUUUAAAGUACAAAAGGAUGUUCCUCUAUUAGGAUUGGAAAAAGCGAACCAAUGGAAGAAGAAAAUAAACAAUCUUGCCAAUGAAGCAGAAGAGGAAGAAGAGAACAAGGAAAUCAAUACUUUGCCAAAGCUAGAGAAAAUCAAAAGUGGUAAACCUCUAUUCCACAAUGAUAAUAUCGAGUCAUUAAAACAAUCUUUAAUCGCUGCAAAUGAUUCUAAAUCACUACUAUGUAAUAGUUUAGGAUAUCUAACAUUUAGUAAUGAACAACAAAAUACUUGUCAAGGAUCAACUUGUGCUCCCGCUCAAUUAAUAUGUGAUGGUAAUAGCAUCAUUGUGAACAAAAGAACACCGUACGAUCCUGAUUAUGAUUACUCAAAAUGUAGAUUGGUAUCAAUGAAUUGCAAAGAUAAUAAACAACCAAUCAAUAUCUAUAAUCUCCAAGAUCAAUAUAAACUUAAGAGUUGUCAGAUCAAACAAAUGAAGUGUUCUAGUCAAUUCCUAUAUCAAUGUCAACUACUCGAUGUCAACUGUGACAAUACAACAUCGUUUGGUAUCAAUACAUUUGGAUUUAGCUGCAGUAAUCAACAAUUGGUAUGUGGUGACAACAACACCGUUGUGCCACCAGCCAACUUUACACAAUACAACACACAGAUCAAAAAUGGUGAAUGUUCCGUUCAAAACAUACCAUGUACUCCAAAGGAUGAAUGUUUACUUCUUGAUUUGGAAUGUAAAGAUAAGAAUCAAAAUUGUUCAGUUACUAUCGAACAGCAGUUACCAUGUAUGCUUGGUUGUAAUGCCAAUCUCAACACAAGUAGUUGUGACUGUCCCUCUGACUUUUCGAGUAUGAAAUGUGAUCAACCAACACCGAUUACCUGUAGUCUAAACUUGGUUUCACCUCAAUCAAAAUGUCCAGGUGAAAAUUAUGUAAUGUCUAAAAAAACAUGUUUUGAAUUCGACUAUCAUGGAAUGUCUAAUUUUAGUUUCAAUUUGGACUGUCACUUCGUAGACCCUGUGCCAACAAGUAAACAUAACUUUACAUAUUGGAUAGAUCUACCAAAUUUAAAACUAUCAACACCAGUAUCAUGGUCAAUUUCAAACUCUAUCAUCGAUUUCAAUAGACUCUAUGACUACUCCUUUAGCUCUACCAAUCCUAUUACCAGAGAGGAAAUAAUGCAGUUAGGGCCAAUAUGGAUCAACACCACACUCUCUCAGAUCCCAUCUACCUAUUGGAUUGCCAAGAGACUGUAUUUCGAGACUGUGUUAUUAUCGGUUCAUUUGUAUUUUAUUAAAUUAGCAUUAACUAUUUACAUAGCCGGUUUAUUAGUCAAACAAAAUCAAAAUGAUUGUUUGGUCGAUAGUUUAAGUCAAAUCAAUCGACCAAUCUAUCAAUAUUUCAGUAGUUUUCCAAUUCCAGUCCCGGUUUAA